AGGGCAGCCAGGAGCCAUGCUGGGCCCGGCAUGGGGCAGGCCUGGGGCACAGGCUGUACAUGCCCCCCCGCCCCCCAGGAUUGCAGUGGCCCCAGCCCGAGGGGUUUUCCUGCUGCAGGGGGGACACUUGCUGCUUGCAUGGUGACCGCGAUGUCCUGAAGGGGCCCAGGAAGGAGGCAGCAGCUGGGUCAGGACACCAGGCCCAGGGAAGGAGAAGCUGGAGGUGCAGCCGUUAGCUGCUGUGACUCUGGGCCGGCCUGGACUCCCGGCCCCGCUCUCCGGCCAGGUCAGAGUAGCCGCAGGGCCAGGUCCGUCGUCCCCACCCCCCCACCCCCCUGCCCCAGUUAUUUGCACAGUCAUCUCCUGCCCUUGGUGCCCUGGGGCUGAGACCCUGUCCUCCCAGCCUCUCCCCAGUUCCCACAGGGGUGAUGGGGUGGCUCUGGGUCAUUGACCCACAGGGGAUGUCUCUGCCCCCUGCCCAAUCCUCUGCAGGGCACGGUCCAUCAGGGCUCAUUUCUCACCAUGCCAGCCUCAAACUAGGGCCCCUGUGUGCUGCACGGACAGCCGUGCCCCCCAUGCAGACACACCCCACCACUGCGACAGCCCCAUCUUAGCCGGACACCUCCAGCCAAAGCCCCCUGCAGCCCCACCUGAGGGGGCCAGCUCAGGGCUAGUGGAAGCAGGUGUGUCCCUGCAGGUGCGUCCCGCGUUGGUCUUCCUGCCGUUAGCUGGUGCCAGGCCAGGGGAGGGCCUGGCCCCACCAAGGACAUUGCUUCCACCAGCGCUGGGUGGCUCCUGUGGGCCCAUGUGGCCUGGGAUGCUGUCGAUAGCCGGGGCCCAGCUGGCCUGAGGGGUGGGAUGGAGGUCACCCCCCCCAGCCCUGCAAAGCAGCUGGGCCAGCUCCCUGGGGAGGGUGCCUGGCAGUGCGUGAAAACAGGACGUUUUGCCGCUGAGCUGUGGCCAUGGGGCCGUUCUGCAAGCGGUGGGUGCAGAGGGGGCCUCAUGUCCCCCAGUGCCCCUCCUGGCUGAGGCAGGAGCCGCAGGGAGCCCCCACCCUGCCAUGGCCUGUCUGGAUGCAGCGGGGACUCCUGGAGCGGGGGGGAUAGAGGGUUUGCCCUGUGCCAUGGGACUGAGCAGCCUGUCCCUGGGGUCACCCCCCCACUGCUCCCCAAGCGCGAUCCAGCUUGCAGCGAGGUGCCCAUGGCUGGGCACAGAUGCCGGCCUGGGGGUUGCCAUGCGGUGGUUCUUGUGCUGAGGUGUGGCUGUCCAAAUCCAGCUGGGGGAGUCUGAUGGACCCCAGACGUCCUCUCCCAGGCCACGGGGCCUGACCCACAGGCAGGGUGAGGACUGACAGGGCCCCAGGUCUGAGCAGGGGCCUCCUUUGGGGCUGGAAAUGGGGGGUGGGCAGUGGUGCUGGCAAUGGCUUGGAGAAGUAAUAAGCCAAAUCUGGGGUUUCCAUCACCAGCGCCCCCACGACAACGCAUAUUCCAGUGUCCCCCCGCGGUCUCUGCCUGCAGGGCCUGGCGCUCCGGGGGCUCGGAGGUGCACCGUGCCACGGACAUGUGCGGCCACGCCAGCGCCUCUGACUCGUCAGGGACGGAUGCGGCUCGGCUGCCGGGCGCCCUUUGUUGGGGCAAGCUCCACAGGCCCUCCUGCCUCCUGCUCCUGGCACUGCUCUGCUCGCUGGCUGCGGCCCGGCAGAGUGUGCCCGUCUGCUGCCGCCAGAAGACCUGCCCAUGCCACGUCUACGACCUGCUGCACGGCCCGGGCAAGCACGCUGCCGGCAUCCUCACCAUGGGCAAGAGGAAGAGCGGCUCGCGGGCCUUCCAGAGCCAGCUCUACGACCUGCUGCACGGCCCGGGCAAGCACGCUGCCGGCAUCCUCACCAUGGGCAAGAGGAAGAGCGGCUCGCGGGCCUUCCAGAGCCAGCUCUACGACCUGCUGCACGGCCCGGGCAAGCACGCUGCCGGCAUCCUCACCAUGGGCAAGAGGAAGAGCGGCUCGCGGGCCUUCCAGAGCCAGCUCUACGACCUGCUGCACGGCCCGGGCAAGCAUGCCGCCGGCAUCCUCACCGUGGGCAAGCGGGCAGAGCUGGCGCCAGAGCAGCCAGCCCCGGCCUGCCGGGCCGCCUCCCCCGGCCCCUCCGGCCCCGACACCCUGCUGCCUCCCGCCACGUGUGCCACCAAGUCUGACCCCACCAACACCAGGGAGUGCCUGGGCCAGCUGGGCAAGGACUCGGCCAAGGGCCAGUGCGGGGGGGCUGCAAGGAGCUUUUCCUGAAGUGGCCGGGGGAGCCGCAGCCCGGGGGGGUGGGGGAGGAACCGCGGCGACUCUUUUAAUGACUGCGGGCACCACGGGCCGUUUACAAAUAAACCCAGCCUGAUGCUCCCA